CGGAGCUUUAAGCGGGCGGAAGCGGCUAGCACACCAGGCGUCGUCAUGCCUGGGGACCACCGCCGCAUCCGCGGGCCUGAAGAGUCGCAGCCGCCUCAGCUAUACGCGGCUGACGAAGACGAGGAGCCAGCCUCUCGCGACUCGACACGGCUGCGUCCCGUGUACGCGCGCGCGGGGCUGCUGAGCCAGGCGAAGGGCUCCGCCUACCUGGAGGCGGGAGGCACCAAGGUUCUGUGCGCCGUGUCUGGCCCGCGCCAGGUCGAGGGCGGCGAGCGCGGCAGCGGCCCGGCCGGAGCGGGCGGUGAGGCUCCGGCCGCGUUGCGCGGCCGGCUGCUUUGCGACUUCCGCCGUGCGCCCUUCUCGGGCCGUCGGCGCCGGGCUCCCCCAGGCGGCGGCGAAGAGCGCGAGCUGGCACUGGCGCUGCAAGAGGCACUGGAGCCGGCGGUGCGCCUGGGCCGCUACCCGCGCGCACAGCUCGAGGUGUCCGCACUACUGCUAGAAGAUGGCGGCUCUGCGCUGGCUGCUGCGCUCACUGCCGCCUCGCUCGCCCUGGCCGAUGCGGGCAUCGAGAUGUACGACCUGGUAGUGGGCUGCGGCCUAAGCCGCGCGCCGGGGCCUGCGCCUAUCUGGCUACUGGAUCCCACGCUCCUCGAAGAGGAACGCGCCGCCGCCAGCCUCACCGUGGCGCUCAUGCCCGUCCUCAACCAGGUGGCCGGGCUGCUGGGCAGCGGGGAGGGUGGCCCUACCGAAAGCUGGGCGGAGGCCGUGCGCCUGGGUCUCGAGGGCUGCCAGCGCCUCUACCCCGUUCUGCAGCAGUGCUUGGUGCGGGCCGCCCGCCGAAGGGGCACCGCCGCGCCGCCCUGAACUGGAAGCCUGGGCCACGACGGACGCCCAGGACCAAGCUGCCACUGUCACCGAAAGGACCCGCGCUGUCGACUUGCAGACUGUAGGGAGCUGAGAACUCGGAGCACAGGAGAGAAUCUGGGGAGGCGCGCUUGGAAUUGAUGCACCUGGACACCUCUGUUGGAACGAUUUUUUACAAACUGUUACGUUAAAGAAACUUUUGUACUUGAGUUGGCUCCCAGCCACGACCGUUGAAGGAAACUUGCGAAUGCAGCCUGACUCCCAAGUUGGAAAGGACUUCAUCUGGACUUGCCUGGAAAGCGGAACCUGGAGCUGAUGUCUUGUAAAGGAUGGGCCCUAUACAGGCCAGCCAGUGACUCCCUCCUAUAUAAUUGGGCUGCUUUUGAGAGAAUAGUUGGUCAAGGGGGCUGUGCCUUCUUACAUCUGAAAAGGUCUUCUGUUGUUCUUGGUACAGGAUUUAAAAAGCUCUUCUAAGCUGG